AUGUCAAACGAAUACACAACAGCCCUGCACCCACCAGGCCCAACCCCCCUCUCCCUAACCUCACCCACAAACCCACCAAUCCUGAACGACGCCCUCCAAAUCCGACUCCAAGUCUUCGUCCACGAACAAAACUGCUCCGCAGCCACAGAGAUCGACACCGACGACUCCCGCAGUUGGCACUGGGUCCUGUAUUCCGGGACCACAGCAGUGGGGACGAUCCGCCUCGUACCGCCCCACCAGCAAAAGGGGGAAGGCGAAGCACACGAGCCGUGCAUAAAAUUGACGCGUGUGGCGAUCAUGCCUGAAUACCGUGGUCUUGGGCUUGGGAGACGAUUAGUGGAGACGGCGCUUGGGUGGGCGGUUGGAAUUGGGAGGGAGAUACUGGUGGAGAAUGGGUGGAGGGGGUUGGUGCUUGUUCAUGCUCAGGUUGGGGUUGAGGGGAUGUAUGGGAGGCUUGGGUUUGUGGUUGAUGAGGGGCUUGGGAGGUGGGAUGAGGAGGGGAUUGAGCAUUGUGGGAUGUUUAGGAGGGUGGGAUUGGAUUAG